AUGACGACAGCUGGUCGCCCAACAUGGGAUUCCGCCAAAGGUGGACGCGGGAAAUGGGAAGGCGAUCUGAGCGCGAUGUCCAAACAGUAUUCGGUGCGAGAUUUGCCCGCACACACAAAACUGAAAGUUCGUCAAGAGGGUCAGGGACGCCCGGAAGAAUUACAGGGCAAAGAUUUCAAACGAGCUCUGGAAGAGAAAGAAAAACGAUUGUCCCUUGAAAAGGCCGGAAAAUCCGCAACAGCUGCUCUGACAGCCGGAACAGCUCAGUCGGGUGAAAAACGCAGUGCUACCUCAACCGAUGCCGGCCCAACCGCGACCACGACGAAACGGCCUCGACCGGACGCGAUCCCCGCCGUUUCUACAGCCAAUUUAGAUGCAGAUGAUCCUUGGGAUGAGGAUUACGAUGAAGAUCAAGAUGACGGUCCAUCACAGGCUCCGGAAGAGGCAACUGGUAGUGGUGGUGGUGGUAAUCCCGUGNCCGUGGAAGGUGAGGAUGAUGAUGACGAGGACGAGGAUGAAGAAUUGCUGUUGGCGGAAUUGGCUAAAAUUAAACGGGAACGUGCCGAAGAGCUGGCACGUCAGGCCGCUGAACGAAAAGCAGCUGAAGAGACCAUCCGAAUGGAAAAUAUACUGAAAGGCAAUCCGUUGCUUAAUGCAGCCACUACAGCCGAAUUCAAGGUCAAACGUCGCUGGGAUGAUGAUGUAGUUUUCAAAAAUUGCGCCCGCGGUGAAGUGGAUCAUGCCAAACGGGGUUUUGUGAACGACACACUCCGGUCGGAAUUUCACAAAAAGUUCAUGAAGAAAUACAUUCAAUAA